GAAACAUACUAGGGAGGAGUGGAGGGCGCUCAGCUGUGGACGGCACCUUACUUUCUUCAGAACCUGUCCCUGAAAACUUUACAUCAUCACCGCAUAUUCAAGGUUCUUAGUAAAACAUUCAGUUUCACUUUUCCCGUAAAAAAAUGGCAAGCGACCUGGUUAGGAUCCUGAAGGAAAAAGCCAAAGAGGCGAUCGACAUAUAUUCUCCUGAAUUAUAUGAACUAAACAAAAGUAUUUGGGAAAACCCAGAGCUAGCACUCCAGGAGUCAUAUGCUCACGAUCAGCUAACAGAGUUCUUGGCGGAUCAAGGCUUCGAUAUAACUCCUCAUUACACUUUGGAUACAGCUUUCCGAGCUGAAUGCGGAGAGAAUGGAGGUCUGACAAUUGGUCUGAUUAGCGAAUAUGAUGCUUUACCCGAAGUAGGACACGCUUGUGGACAUAAUCUGAUCGCUGAAUCAGGAGUGGCAGCGGCUCUGGGUCUCAAGAAUGCUUUGAAUGCAGUUAAUCAGAAACCUAAAGUCAAAAUAGUUCUCCUUGGAACUCCUGCUGAGGAAGCAAAAGGGGGCAAGAUUUCAAUGAUCAGGAAUGGUUGCUUCAAAGAUCUUGACUUUUGUAUGAUGGUUCAUCCAUGUCCGGUAGAUGUUCUCAAACCUGUGAUUUUAGCUCGUGAAAGGGCUACAAUUACCUACAAAGGUCAUGCUGCUCAUGCUGCAGCAUUCCCUUGGGAAGGAAUCAAUGCCCUGGAUGCAGCAGUCAUGGCUUACACGAGCAUAAGUGCACUAAGACAGCAGAUGAAGCCAGAAUGGCGUGUCCACCUUAUUAUUUCAGAGGGGGGUGUCAAGCCAAACAUUAUUCCUGACCGAGCUCAGCUUCAAUGUUAUAUUCGAACAAUGAAUGACAAUGACCUUGAGGUGUUAAAAGAAAAAGUUAAGAAUUGUUUUGAAGCAGCUGCAUCAGCUACAGGGUGCAAAGUCUUUAUGGAGUGGGAAACAGCUACUAAAUAUUCACAUCUGGAAACCAACAACACCCUUGCUGAACUUUACCAAGCCAAUGCUGAGUCCUUAGGAGUUUCAUUUCCACUUGAGGCAAAGUUCUCAGCAUCCACUGAUAUGGGAAAUGUUUCACAUGUAGUUCCUUCCAUCCAUCCCAUGUAUUCUAUUGGCACAACUGCACCCAAUCAUUCUCAUGCAUUCACAACAGCAGCAGCAACAGAAGAAGCUCAUAAGAAUACUCUGAUUGCCAGCAAGACAUUAGCCAUGACAGCUAUUGAUGUGUUGUACAACAAGGAUUUAAUGGAUAAAGUAAGGAAAGAUUUUAAAACAUCAAAUACGGAUUAACAGCAACGGACAGAAAAAUGAUCAGAAGACAGUGAAAGUAAAUUGAGACAGUUGCAAGAAAACUUCUUUGGAAGAACUUUAUACUCUGUGAUAAAAGUAGCUUUGGUUACAUGACAAUCACAAUACUGAAACAAAAGGAAUACACAGUUAAGUAAUGGUUCGUACAAGCUCAAUGUUGACAUGAAAUACAAACCUUAAGUUUCCCAUUUUUUUAAUCAGCCUUAAGUAGUAAUGAAAGCACUAGCAUAUGAAACCUGAGGAAAGUUGUGAGUUGCCAUGGUAUCAGCCAUUUCACAAUUUUUUUUGCUAGAAAGGGUUGCUUUAACCUAAGUUACGUUAGCUAGUUUGCAAAAUCUUAAAGCUUCUCAGGGAACUAUUUUCUGCUGAAGACUUUUAAUGAAAUCUGGUUAAUUUUUCUUUUACUAAUUGUACUUAGAAGUUCUCACAAGAGAUACUAACCCAUAGCACUUACAUGAAUAAUGUGUAGAUUGAUGUUUGUAAAAACCUUGAAAGAUGAUAAGUUAAUUGUUGGAACAUUCUACUUGUAGUUGUAUCCCUUAAUUUGUACGAUUUUCAAGGGUUCAGUCUCUCCUGCACGAGGUACCUCUUGCAAUAUUCUUGUUGUGGCCAUGAAACUCUGAGUUACCUUAAAAUAUCUUCAAUUGAACAAUGUUGUUGACUAUAAUAUUUCAAUUCUUUGAAAACAGAGAGAUUUUCAAAGAGUUAAUUGGUUUAAUUCCAUUCCCUCUCUUCCUCUCCUCCCAUGCAAUCAUCGAUGAAUGACUUCUUGAAAAAAAUUAGUAGAAAAGAUAUUACCAUCGACUAUGAAUUUAUGUGAUUAAAAAAUAGAAAUUUA